UGACGCCCGUGUUGUAGGAGUGUGAAUAAUAAAAAAAGUAGAAGAAACAGAAGCUAGAUUUAAUAUUAAAACAACAAAGCUGGAAGCUGCCUCGUCCAGAUGGUGGUUACGCAGUGUAAGCUACUCUUACUACUCUCCAUGGUUAUCCUGACUUUUGGAGCUCAGCGAGACUGUAUGGUGGACGAGAGUAAGGGAUGGUUUGUUACGAAUAACGUCUACCAGUGUCAAGAAAGCCAGCAGUGUUGUCGAGAGUAUGGAAAACCAUCAUGUUGUGGAGAGAAAGACAAAACGGAAAUCAUAAAACAGCAAGCCAUCCUGUGGGGUGGACUCUUUGGUUUUCUAACCCUUCUCGGGCUCAUUGUUUUUUGUCGUCGCUCUGACAUUUAUGUACUCGAGGGGGCACCACUGAGUCAGCGGUGCAGAUGUUGCCAGUCUCACAACGGUAACAACGAGAAAAGACAAAUGAUCCAAGAAGCCUGAAAUCUCGACGUUUUGUUGUUGUUGUUGUUGUUUUCAUUCUUGAUUUGAAGCAGAUAGCACAUGUUUUUGCUACUCAUGUACGAGCUAGUUUUGUAGUUGACGAGCUGAAGUUUUUUCUGGACUAUUCUUGCCUUGUUUAUUGUGGAGGAUGACGUUUCCGGCCCCAGGUGUUUUAGGUUACUAAAUUAAUGUCUUUUUUCUAUGUAGUAGUUUUUAAAAUAAACUCGAGUUGCUCUUUCCGUAUUAUAGGAGUAGUAAAAACACUGACUACGUUUUUUCUACAUAUCUUCUAAAUACCCAUUCUUUAUCUUAGUGUAUUUCCUCUUUAAUCAUAAAGUUAUGGACCGGGAGAUGAUUUAAGUAGUUGAUUUGUAAAACACGAACACACCAGAAUGUCACCUUCUUAAGUGUAAGUUAGAGUAUAUAUCGCUGUACUUCAGGUCAAUGUCGUGGAACAGUUAGAACAAAAAUCCGGAGAUAUCUAAAAGAUUAGGUGAUUUAUUUACUGUUAUACGAAGUACAGUCCUCAACUAAAUAGUUUAAACUACAGUCCUCAACUAAAUAGUUUAAACUACAGUUCUCAACUAAAUAGUUUAAACUACAGUCCUCAACUAAAGAGUUUAAACUACAGUUCUCAUCUAAAGAGUUUAAACUACAGUCCUCAACUAAAGAGUUUAAACUACAGUCCUCAACUAAAGAGUUUAAACUACAGUUCUCAACUAAAUAGUUUAAACUACAGUUCUCAUCUAAAGAGUUUAAACUACAGUUCUCAACUAAAUAGUUUAAACUACAGUCCUCAACUAAAGAAUUUAAACUACAGUUCUCAACUAAAUAGUUUAAACUACAGUCCUCAACUAAAGAAUUUAAACUACAGUCCUCAACUAAAUAGUUUAAACUACAGUCCUCAACUAAAGAGUUUAAAGUACAGUAGUUAGUCCAUAUUCUAAUAGUAGAUAACGGGUAACAAAACUGGUUUUCUGUCUGCAACUUUCCUUGUUGCCCUCUUUAGUCAGUGUUUCUAGAUCAUGUGAACGCAGAAUUUUUAAUUUCUGUUCGAUAAACGAAAACAUUUUUUUUGUCGAAUUACACGUGGAUUAAAAGAGUAAUUUAAUACAAUCAACAAGGAAUUAUAUUACUUCUGUAGAUAAUAGACUUGAGUUGUUAGAAAGAAAGACUUAACAGAAACUGUAUCGGAAUCUCUUUAGGCUUAAUAUGUAUCUCAGACUACCAUUUCUUUACAAUUUACGCAGUCCUGAAAUUAACUAAAAAAUCUUCAUAAUGGAAGUGUUGUUAUAACAUCGGGAAAACAUAAAACCCUCUCUUUUCUCUUUCUUGAAUCUGGAAUUUAACUUGGGAGAACAGAGUAACUGAAGUUAUAAUUUUGAUUAAAAUUGAUCAAAUGUUAAUUGUUGAAUAGAUGUAAAUUGUAUGUUCUUGUAAAAGGGAGCUUAAACUAAUAAAGCAUCAAAUAUAAUAUAUAUAUAUUAACAUAGCAGUCAAUGAGGAAUCUUGAAACCUAAAUAUUUUAAAGUCGGAAACUGAUAUGAUAAGAUAAUAAAAUUUUUCAAUUCGAUAUUGUAAUGAUGUUUUUUUUUCGACGUACGUUUGUCUUAUCCGGAUCACAACAUCGGUAGAUUUAAAAAUGUUUAAUUUCAUGUUUAUUCAAGGAUCAGGUAGAUUUUUAUGUACAUUCUGCCUAGGUUGCUGUC